AGAAAGAGGGACGGCUGGACUCCAUUAAGCCAGAAGCCUGCGGGGGAAAACUGUUUGGGAUACUUCUCCGGCGAGUUCUUCGGGGAUUUUUUUCCGUUUUUACCAUCUUUUCUUUUUGGAAAAAAAGAAGAAGAAAGACCUUCUACAUGAUUUAAAGGAGGGGGACUUGCUCUGUACCGCGUAGUCGACUGCUUCGUGUCUUUUAUUCGUCUUUGUGAAGUGCGACAAGAAGUUGAGCCGUGACCGUUCUGCUCUGUUUGGCAGGAUGGCGCUGGACGGGAUCCGGAUGCCCGAUGGCUGUUACGCCGACGGGACGUGGGAGUUGAAGAUGCAUGUCACUGACCUCCACAGGGACGUGUCGCUGAGGGUCACCGGAGAAAUCCACAUUGGUGGCGUCAUGCUCAAGCUCGUGGAGAAACUAGAUGUGAAGAAGGACUGGUCGGACCAUGCCCUGUGGUGGGAGAAGAAGAAGACAUGGCUGCUGAAAACCCACUGGACGUUGGACAAGUACGGCAUCCAGGCCGACGCAAGGCUGCUCUUCACGCCGCAACACAAACUGCUGCGCCUCCAGCUGCCCAACAUGAAGCACAUGAAGGUCAAGGUCAACUUCUCGGACCGGGUCUUCAAGGCCGUGUCCGACAUCUGCAAAACUUUCAAUAUCCGCCACCCAGAGGAGCUAUCUUUACUGCGCAAGCCCCGGGACCCCAAGAAGAAGAAGAAAAAGUUGGAAGAAGCAGAGGAUGACGAUCUGGAGCUCGAGGGUCCACUGUUAACCCCUGGAUCAGCUUGUGAGAUAAUAUACAUCGGACCUGUCAAAGGGAGCAUCUACUCUAGUCCAGGCUUAUACAGCAAGACUAUGACACCCACCUAUGACUCGAGGGACGGCAGCCCUCUGUCGCCCACCUCCGCCUGGUUCGGAGACAGCCCCCUGUCGGAGGGCAAUCCGGGCAUCCUCGCGGUCAGCCAGCCAAUCAACUCACCCGAUAUCCUGGUCAAGCUCUACAAGCCCCAGUCCCUUCUGGACAAAGCCAAAAUCAAUCAGGGGUGGUUGGACUCAUCCAGGUCUCUCAUGGAGCAGGAUGUGAAGGAGAACGAGGUGCUGCUGCUGAGGUUUAAAUACCACAGCUUCUUUGACCUCAACCCUAAGUAUGAUGCCAUCCGAGUGAACCAGCUCUACGAACAGUCCAAGUGGGCCAUCCUGCUGGAGGAGAUCGAGUGCACAGAGGAGGAAAUGAUGAUGUUUGCUGCCUUGCAGUACCACAUCAACAAGCUGUCGAUCAUGUCUUCAGACAACCACAUGAAUAACAGCGAGAAGGAGGUGGACGAGGUGGACGCAGCCCUCUCGGACCUGGAGAUCACUUUGGAGGGAGGGAAGACGUCCAACACACUGGGUGACAUCACAUCUAUUCCAGAGCUAGCAGACUAUGUCAGAGUCUUCAAACCCAAGAAACUGACGCUGAAGGGCUACAAGCAGUACUGGUGCACAUUCAAGGACAUCACGAUUUCCUGUUACAAGAGUAAAGAGGAGUCUCACGGGACACCUGCACACCAAAUGAACCUCAGAGGCUGUGAGGUGACGCCAGAUGUCAACAUCUCGGGUCAGAAAUUCAACAUCAAGCUGCUAAUCCCUGUGGCCGAUGGCAUGAACGAGAUCUGGCUCCGGUGCGACACGGAGAAACAGUACGCUCACUGGAUGGCUGCCUGUCGCCUGGCCUCCAAAGGGAAGACCAUGGCCGACAGCUCGUACAACCUGGAGGUCCAGAAUAUCCUGUCCUUCCUCAAGAUGCAGCACAUGAACCCGGACCCUCAGUUCAUCGAACCCAUCACCACCGACAUCAACCCAGAAUGCCUGGUGUCCCCGCGCUAUUUGAAGAAGUACAAGAACAAGCAGCCAGGCUAUAUAAGGGACAUGAUUUCAGCCCGGAUUCUUGAAGCCCACCAGAACGUGGCCCAGAUGAGCCUCAUCGAGGCCAAGAUGCGCUUCAUCCAGGCGUGGCAGUCCCUGCCCGAGUUUGGAAUCACUCAUUUCCUCGCCAAGUUCCAGGGUGGAAAGCGGGAGGAGCUGAUCGGUAUCACGUACAACCGUCUGAUCCGGAUGGAUGCCAGCACCGGAGAUGCGAUCAAGACCUGGCGCUUCAGCAACAUGAAACAGUGGAACGUCAACUGGGAGAUCAAGAUGGUGACCGUGGAGUUCGCAGACGAGCCCAGUCUGUCGUUCAUCUGCGCCGAGGUGGACUGCAAGGUGGUCCACGAGUUCAUCGGGGGCUACAUCUUCCUGUCCACGCGCGCCAAGGACCAGAACGAGUCUCUAGACGAGGAAAUGUUCUAUAAGCUGACCAGCGGCUGGGUCUGAGCUCGUCCCAGACCCCCACGGGUCAGCGAUUGCAGGUCAGGGGGCCAGGAGGGGAGCGGCUGGGGGGGGGGCGGGGGCGGGGUGAGACCAUGUUGUGUGGGGUUAAUUUUACUAUAUCUCAGUCUUUUUAAUUGUUUGGAGCUGCGCUGAAGAGUCCAGAGCAGCACGACUUAUUGCCAUGGCUGACACCGUUCUUUUUUUUUUUAUUAUUGUUAUUGGGGUUUAUUUUUAUUUUAUUUUGUUUUUGCAUUAAUUCUGACAAGGUCAUUUACUACACUAAUGUUCUGGUGGUGCAGUCCAGACGAACCCCUGAACACAAAUCUGUACCAGGAGGUUUGUGCGUUGUCCUACAACCACCUGUCUCCUCUCCUCCUGGACUGACGGCCACCAACUUUCGUCCAUGACAAACCCUUUAAAACCAAUCAGUUGUAAUCCCAAAGAACCUUUAUCUUCGCUGUCCUCUCUCUGUCUCUUUCCUCUGGACUAAAAGAGCUGACAUAAGCCGCGUUUAUAUCCAAUUAUUUAUCCUUCAUCAAAGAGUCAAAGAACGAGAAGCAGUUCUAUAACAGCAGCGGCCGAUCACUGCAGCUCUACGUGUCCGUCUUAUCCAACUCUAUGAAAUGUGUAGCCUCUUUGAAGUUGUAAGCACUUCUACAGUCCUGGUUAUAAAUAAGCUGUUGUUACAUUUUCUUUUUUCUUUUUUUUGCUUGUCUUUGUUUCUGACUCACUUUGCAUUUAACUGACUGCUAAAAGCAAGCAUGUGUGAAAACACACACUACACCUGGUGCGCUGGGACAGGUGUCCUGUUGGUUUGAGAAUCCGAGUGAAAACGUCCCCCUUAAAAAAAAAAAAAAAAAAAAAAAAAAAGUGAUAUUAGUUCCUUGAAAACAAGUCGUGACAAACUUUGUCAGGAGGGAUGUUUGUUUUUUGUCUCAUGGUUUUAGCACCUGGAGAUUCUCACUGCAGACGCCUCAGUGCAUGUACACUACAUAACAGGAGGGACACUACCACAAUUCCCUUGCACCGCCGUUUUAAAAAAUUAGAGCUAUUCUGUUUUCUCACACACCAUAUAGUAUUAUUAUUAUUAUUAUUAUGAUUAUUAUUAUUAUUAACAUUUUUAUCAAUACACACCAGCAAAAGGUCAAGAGUUUAAAGAAUGAAUAUGCAACUUUCUUUUUUUUUUGUUCUGUCUUCAGUAUGAAGGAUCAGAGAAUGAAGUAUUAUUUUUUGUAACUAAUGUAAAAACACAAACGUUUUAUAGAAUUGUACAGUUUUUUUUCUGCAUUUUGGGGGGAUUUGGAGUUUCAGAAAAAAAGGGGGUAAGCCAUCUGUCAACAUGUGUAGUAUUCAGAAUUGUGCCCUGCUUAUGUUACGUGGUCUUACUGAGUUUUCAGAUGAUAAAUGAAUAUAUAUAUGAAGAUAACACAUAGUCUCAAGCUCCAGGUUUGGGUAACAUGUUUGUCGAGUACAUUUUUUUUUUCUUAAAUAUAUAAAGCCUUCGUUAUGUGCCCUGAUUUUCUUGCGUCUGUGCUCUGUUUUAUUUUUUUUUUCCUGCUUUUCUCUCGUAGCACAUGCUAAAAACUGUCCAUGUGGUGACUCUUGAGUUGCAUUGUUUUAGCAGUUUUUUUGUUGUUUUUUUUAAAAAACGAUGUGUAUUUUUGCUGCCAAUUUGACCCGCUCAGCGCCUUUUUAAAACGCUUACAUCGUCUUUUGUUUUUGUCACAACUGAAGUGUGCCAUUUAAUAAUGUCCAUAUGAAGGAGAUCCUGGAGUUUGAGACAGAUCAGCAAAAAAAAUAAAAAAUAUGAACAGAGGUAUGAGAAAACCAAGCCUAGUCUGUUUUUUUUUUUUUUUUUGUUGUUGUCGUUUUUCUCAGAUGUCAUUUUUGUUUUGCCUCCAGUGUCGGGAGCAGCGGUGCAUGUCCUGCUGCUCUGUUUUCUGACUGUAAAAAUGCAUUUAUUUUAAAAAAAAAAGUAAUAAAGUAAUUUUUAUUUAAACUGA